UCUUUCGAAGCCAAGCUCUUUAAAAGUCCAUGGUUCACAGUUAUUGUCAUCAGUCUUCCUGUGCUCGUCGAAAUCGCUACUUUUUCGCUCUGAAAAUAUUAUAAGGGAAGUGUUGAAAAGAUUUUUUAAAGUAAUGGACACCGCACGCGAUAAAUUGUCUUCUGCCGGCCAGAAAGCCCAGAAAAGUGCUGGUGAUGUUGCUCAGGCCGGUCGUGAAGGGGGACAAUCGGCUAAAGAACACGCACAACAUUUUGCUGACAGCACCAAGCAAGCGGCUGGCGAUGCAUCUGCACAAGGCAAAGGAAUGCUGGGAAAAAUCAAAGAUACUAUCUCCGACACUACAGGAACGAUCCAAGAAAAGGGCAAAGGCAUGGUGGAGAACAUCAAAGAAACAUUCAGUAGAGGAAAUUGAUUUUAUUACGUUGUGGUGUUAAGCUUCCUGCGAUAGUGAAGUCCAAGAUUAUUGAUUGAGAAAAUACAAUUUUAUUACAAUAGAA